GUUCACCCAUACCUUUACAAUUAAAUCUGUCACAUGUGGAGAAAAAAAACAUUGAUCUGAAGAAACUGCUCAUGCGCGAUAAACAUCAAAACAAGCACAAAGCCAGCUGUCAAAUCGUUGCAACACCGGCGAACAUUACACAAUGUGUUACUAGGCUUUUAGACGCAUCUUCUAUUGGAGACCGGAUGUGGUGAUCAAAGCGUUUAUUUACCAGAUAGAUCAGAUCCACCCAGCGCAGAGUUGACCCUCUGACUCACUGUGCCACUGCCUCGGUCAUGGACACAGGUUCAGUAGCAGGUAGGACCAGUUCGGUCUCCGAAGAGAUGGAGGGGAUAUGUGUGAUGCCAGAUAUGAGCAACAUCAAGUCGGAACACCCGGGUGGGAGUGUGGACGACACAGGUGCACAGAACGUGGCCAUGGGGAUCAAGUUCAUCCUGCCCAACCGCUUUGAUAUGAACGUGUGCUCAAGGUUCGUCAAGUCGCUCAACGAGGAGGACAGCAAAAACAUCCAGGACCAGGUCAAUUCCGACUUGGAGGUGGCGUCUGUUUUAUUUAAAGCCGAGUGUAAUAUUCAGACGUCGCCCUCACCAGGGAUACAAGUGCGUCAUGUUUACACCCCAUCCACCACCAAACACUUCUCCCCCAUCAAACAGUCGACAACACUCACCAACAAGCACCGUGGAAACGAGGUGUCCUCCACUCCCCUUCUAGUCCACUCCCUGUCCAUUCACCAGCUGGCAGCACAGGGAGAAAUGGUGUUCUUGGCCAGCAGGAUUGAACAAGAGACAGUGAUUAACCUGCAGGAUGAGGAAGGCUUCACCCCCCUGAUGUGGGCCGCAGCACACGGACAGAUAGCUGUCGUAGAGUUCCUGCUCCAGAACGGAGCGGACCCCAACCUGUUGGCUAAAGGCAGAGAGAGCGCUCUGUCUCUGGCCUGCAGCAAGGGAUACACAGACAUCGUGAAGAUGCUCAUCGACUGUGGCGUGGAUGUCAAUGAAUAUGACUGGAACGGAGGGGUUCCCGUUCUCUACGCUGUCCAUGGAAACCAUUUGCGUUGUGUGGAAAUUCUCCUAGAAAGUGGUGCCGACCCCACCAUUGAGUCUGACUCUGGCUUCAACGCUAUGGAUAUGGCUGUGGCAAUGGGCCAUAGGAAUGUUCAACAGGUGAUGGAGGCCCACUUACUGAAGCUGCUGAUGGGGAUCAGAGAGUAACCCUUUAACCUGGGGCACAAGAGGGACUGCCUGUGAAUGGAAAUACAGUGGACACCAUAAAGAAAAAAGAAUUAAGGCUGAGGAUGAUUGUGGAUCAUGUUGAGACUUAUCUGUUAGGGUGAAGCACAGGUGUGAAUGGUUUUGAUGAAGCAUGUGAGUAUUUAUGGAGACAUGCAACUCAAAUGUUUCAGGCCACCGUUCUGGCUAGAUGCCCUUUUCUUUGAGUUUAGUUUGUUAUGAUGUAAAUAAGUUUUGAGCCAAAUGCUAAUGUAAAAGUAGUGCUUAAACUCGAACGUCUGCUCUAAUCAUGCAUUGAUAUAAAUGGAAGAUUUUUGUGAAAGUUAAAGUGCACAAUUUUCAUUUGAGAAUUUUGCUCAUGUAACGGGUAAACACUAUAAAGUUGGGAUGAAAUUAAGUAGGUCAAAUGGAUUGCUUUGGGAAAAAUGUGUGGAUGCUUCUGUAGGUAAAAUGUUUUAAUUUGUUUUUGUUUAUGACUGACUUACAUUGGAGCAAAUGAGUUGUUUUCAAGGAAAAAAGAAACCGCACACUGCUCUUGAUAGUAUCACUGCUCUUGAUAGUAUCACUGAUAUUUAAUAAGCUAACGUAUCUGCCUCACGGCCCCCGUCAGAGCUUUUGUUAUUUUAUUUUAAAUUAGCACCCUUAUGUAGACCUGGCCCCACCCACAUCCGUUCCUCACAUCAAAAUGGGUUGGAGGCAAAGGAAAAACAAAUAAAUGCUACCAAAUAUAAUAAUGUGCAUUUCAUGAAUAUUACAUCUUAAACACGUCUGUAAAACCACAAUGAGGACAUAGCAAGUUUUCAUUAAUCAUUACAUCGUAGGAAAAACAUCAGCGUAAUCUUAAAUAGGCACAUAAUUCAUGUUCAAAUUCAUAACAUACAUAGGCAUUUCAUCAUUAUGUCCUUUAGGAAAUAAUGUCUGGAAGGUGAAAAUCCCAAAACAUUCUCUUUUACUCAGAGUAUUAUUAAUAUCACCUCCCCUGUCUGAUAUCUUAACUUUCUCUAUGCCACAAAAUCUAAGGUAGAAAGGUCAUUAAAAGUGUACUGCGACUGGAUAAUCCCUGUCGUUUCUCCUGAUUGAACUUCUAUGUUCACUAAUUCUCUGUUUGAGAGAGCGGGAGGUUUUACCGACAUAGAGCCCACAUGGAAAUAACAUGUAAACAUGUAAAUAACAUGAGUGGUGGAACACGUAAUAAUGUCAUUUAUUUGGAACUGUUUUCCUGUGUGUGGGUGGCAGAAAUAUUCACACUUCAUCAUAUUGUUGCACUGUGCGCAUCCUCUUCAAUCAAAAUGGUAAAAAAAAGAAACAGCUUAAACAAGAGCACUUUCUCAAGCAAAAAUGUUGCUAGGACUGUCUGGGAGUAAUCUAAGUGGGGAGUGGGAAACUAGACGUUAUUGGCAGAGAGGUUUGGAACUACUUCUUAUUCCAUUAAUGGAUUUACUGCCUGGUGAUGUCAUAUGCAGGCAAAAACUCCAUUCCACCAAAACAGGCUGAAAUUUCAGGUAGUCUUUUCAAACAACUCUUACACAACAAUUGCAUAAUUUUCACAGUAUUAUUCUGACCUCAAUGUGAAAAGAUAUAUUAAACACAGGAAAACAGUAAUGCAUCAUAGCUACAAUAAAGACUACAGUAAAAGAUGGGCAGAAACUGGUUCUCCGAUAAAAUCCUUGAUACCACUUGACUACCUAAGCUCAUGCGCAGAAACACGUUAUUGGGUUGUGCCUCGCGCAAGUGCAUGCCGUCAAGUCAAAGGCACUCAAAUAAAAUUGUAUUGGUCACAUGCACAUAAUGCUUGUGUUCAUAGCUCCAGUGCAGUAGUAUCUAACAAAACAAAGUUGCUUUGGAGCUAGAAGCAGAGCUGCCAUGUAUGUCGUCAUCUCCUUGUUUUUUACGAAAAUGAAAACAUGUCAGUUUGUCACUUUUUUCAAACUUAUUUUUAUUUAUUAUUUUACCUUUUAUUUAACUAGGCAAGUCAGUUAAGAACAAAUUCUUAUUUUCAAUGACGGCCAAGGGAACGACAGAUCUGUACCUUGUCAGCUCGGGGAUUUGAAUUUGCAACCUUCCGGUUACUAGUCCGAUGCUCUUACCACUAGGCCUGAACGUACUUUGGUGCGAAAUUUUGUGGAGCGAUGGGUAACGAUGCUUCGAGGCUGACUGUUGUCGUUGUGUGCAGAAGGUCCCUGGUUCGUGCCCGGGUAUGGGCGAGGUGACGGUUUAAAAUUAUACUGUUACAUUGAAAAGCCGCGGCCCUUGCAGAGCAAGGGGAACUACUACUUCAAGUUCUCAGAGCAAGUGACGUAACCGAUUGAAACGCUAUUUAGUGCACACCGCUAACUAAGCUAGCCGUUUCACAUCCGUUACAGAAGGAUACCUGAAACAUUUGACCCAAGUUAAACAAUUUAAAGGCAAUGCUACCAAAUACUAAUUGAGUGUAUGUAAACUUCUGACCCACUGGGAAUGUGAUGAAAUAAAUAAAAGCUGAAAUAAAUCAUUCCCUCUACAAUUAUUUUGACAUUUCACAUUCUUAAAAUAAAGUGGUGAUCCUAACUGACCUAAGACAAGGAAUUUUUACUAGGAUUAAAUGUCAAGAAUUUUGAAAAUUUGAGUUUAAAUGUAUUUGGCUACGGUGUAUGUAAACUUCCGACUUCAACUGUAGGUAUUAUAGUGUGUAGAUACAUUAGCUAACCACCCCAGAGAGCAGUGCAUUAUAGAUUUUGUAGUCGACUUGAAUUGCAAUGGAUUUCCACAAAGACUUUGUUGCUACCAAUAUUAUGACAAAUUGAAACAUUUCACAAAAAAUAUUGUUUUCACAGUGGUAUCUAACACUAUUAUAGGAAUUGGUGGCUUGGUUUAUCCCUUUUACCAGGUGUAAUGCACAGAUGCAAGUCAUUUGGACAGUUGAAAAGCAUGGGCAUUAAUAUGGAGUUGGUCCCCCCUUUGCUGGUCUAAAAGCCUUCAACAAUACAUGUACUGUAUACAGUAUGUUAAUGUUAUUUAUGGUGUUUUCCUGUCUUAUGUACUAUGUGCACUUUAGGUAACAGUAUCUGACCAUUUGCUGCAUAUCUCUGAAAUAAAGUCAUUUGCUGGGUUGUUACACUA